AUGUCAGGUCAAAACCCACCAGUGUUUCAGCUAAGAAACCAACAAGACUCUUACCAGCAAGAGCAUACAGGCUCAAGUCCUGAAGAUGUCAUCGAGGCUCCCCAGAUCCAACCGCCCGGUCAAGAUAGCUUGCACCAGGACAUACCGGCGCAACCGUUUUACCACAAUGAGAGCGAUUCCCACCAGGCAAACGUCUUGCCAUCCCCUUCGACUAUGUCCUCCGAUGUCCAGCCUCAGCAAAAGACCAGAGACUCACUUCCACCAACACGCAAUAGCGAAACUGAGCGAGAGACGAUAGCUGAGAGUAUGCCAGCUUCCCUCACGGUACAAGAGGCUGUGAUCGAAGACGCCUCUAUUCUUAGACAGGAGCAGCUCGUCUGCUCGGAGCAACCCUUGUGCGAUAGCGCUGGCUCAAAAAGCGAACUUCAUCACCCAAUGUCACUGAUAGUGUAUGCUCCGUUCUGGAAAGUCUGGUGGAAAGAGAUCCUUUGCCUCAUGGCCAGCAUCGCCUUAUUGAUCGCUAUUAUCGUCGUUCUCGCUAUUUAUGACGAUCAAUCGUUGCCAAGUUCGCGUUCCAAGAUCACGCUUAACACAGUUAUCGCCCUCUUCACAACGUUGGCUAAAGGAGCCUUCAUGCUACCAGUAUCGACUGCUUUGAGCCAAUCGAAGUUCACCUGGUUCUUGAAAUCAAGACCCUUGCAUGAUUUUCAUGUCUUUGAUCAGGCAAGUAGGGGCUGGUCGGGUUCUAUGAAAAUGCUAUUUCGGGUGCGUUUCAAGCACACAGUCGCUCUUGGCGCUAUCUUGAUGAUCGUCAGCAUUCUUUCCUCCCCAGUAACUCAAUUGGCUAUCAACUACCGUCAACGAGAUGAUCCAGCUCCUGGAGAGUCGGCCAGGAUUUUUACCAUCGAUGAAAUCAGCCUGGACGAGCGCAGACUGAGAAGGGUGGCUCGAGAAGCGUCAGUGAAGGCUACUAUGCCGGAUACUGCAAGUUUCGAAGUACCGGCACCCCCACAGAAAUCUGUGUGCUCUACAGGAAAUUGCGACUUUGAACCAUAUCAGUCACUUGGUGUUUGUGUUGACAUUGCCAACAUAACUUCUAAACUUCGCGUUGAGCCGAUAAAUAACUUGACGUCGGACUUGAUCGCGGGCGGUAAUGGGAGACUGACUCUCGGUCGAAAGACAUGGAACAUCAGCCUGUCGAGCAAAUAUGGGCUCUUGCACCAAAGCUCAUUAGUUUUCAAAGGCGACUUGCUUGAGGGGUCCGAUACCUUCGGCUUCUCAAACAGAACAAGGCUUCUCAAAACCAGAAUCAGCUCGUACUUCUUCAUCUACACUUCUCCGCUACGGCCUGACAAAAUCUUGCAUCUUCCGAGUCAGCCAGACGGUGCCGAAGAUAUGUACUACUCGAUUACGGACUUUGAAUACGAGGCAGUCGAGGUCAUGUUCCAUCUCUGCGUUCAGACAUUCGAAACAAAGGUUCAUAAGGGGGUUGAACAGACCACGAUAACCAAUACUAUAUCGCAAAUAGAUGACCCAAGCAAAGGAAUCAUCAUGGGUCCCAAGUGUAUAGUUUCGGAGGAAGGAAAUCGUAUGUGCGGACUGGCGAAAGAAACAGACGGCUUGGUUGCUCAAAUCACACCCCCGAAUGCUGGAACAAGGAGGUUUAGCGCCUCAUACGCGUCCAUGUGGUGUAUGGUCGAGGGUUUAUCCUGGGUGCUGCAAGGAGAAGCAGAAUUGAGCCUUGCGCACCUUGAAUCAGAUGGCUUCUUUUGGGUUGGUAACUUUGCCCUGGCCUGGCUCGAUGAUGUGCUCUACACCAACCAGACUAUCUUCAACUCCACACAGCGAGCGAUCUAUCUCGGCAACUUUCUCACAAAUAUGGCUACUAGCAUUUCAUCUGCGCUACGAACCACUCAUCACCAAGAUGAGAGACCAGGCGUGGUCGUUAUCGAGGGAACCCCUCUAAAGGAGGUGUCAUUUGUCCAUAUAAGUUGGGGUUGGAUUUCUUUCCUCGCCGUCGAGAUUACUGCAGCAACACUCUUACUUACCAUCAUAAUUGCUGCCCAGAGUGCAGCAUAUCGAAAACGAGGACCGGAGAAUGUCUACAUCCCGGCCGACGUAAAGGAUUCGGCUUUGGCAAGCCUUGUCGUCCUCAGUAAUGAGUGCCGCGAAGCCUUAAGCGAUGGUCUCCAGCCGGCAGCUAUUCUUCAGAAGACUUCGAAGAAAUUGCAAGUCACGCUUCGAGGGAACGAAUUUGAGCUUGCUGGUGACCCCGAAGGGCCAUCUUCUCCUUCAGGCAAAUAUAGUACCCAAGAGGUAUCCGCGGAAGAACAUGCCAUUCCCAAGAAGCGUUUUCUUGGUCGAAUUUUUACGAGUAUGCGAGCGUGA